CUUUACUGUCAAGGGUUGAAUUGAGUUUACUAGAAUUAUCCUCUAUCAUAUUAGAAAACAUCAUGUCCUGUUAAGAGCUGAAAGAAAGAGUUUACAAGGACUGCGCUGAAUGAAGUGGAGGAGAAGAGGUCUUUAAGAUAGAUAGAAAGUCUAUGACUGAAUGGAUCGGUCUAAGAAACGUGAACUAGAGAUGAAUUUUCAAGCAGCAAAUCCAACCGUGGAGACAGAUCCUGCCACAGGAUUGGGAGGUGCUGCGUUUGAGCUCCUGGAGGACUCUGGGAAUCGUAGGCAGAUCAUCAACCAGGACCUGAGCCUUCAUGUUCUCAGUGACUCCAUGUUUAGUGAGCAGCAGAAGCUGAAAUAUGUGUUGGACUGGACUCACAGUUUCCUCAGCAGUGGGUCAGAGGUUCGCCACAAACUCUGCAGAGCUGACGGCUUGAUAUCAGCCGAUGGAGCACAUAGGGAAGCAGAGAAGAUAUCACCUGUACGUAAACAUUCAUCUGCAGCUGAGUACCAUCAUCCUGUCUCCCGUGCUGCAGGUGGUAAUGAGGUCUUUGGAGGAGGAGGUGCAUAUAAACCUCCUUUCUCAGAUGACUUCUGCGUCCCGUUCUCCUUUAUCCCAGGGAGAGAUGAGUUGACUCUGCCUGAGUUCAGAGAAAUCCCUGGAAAUAUGAAACAUGUGAAUCUACCUGAUACACAAACCGCUAGCAAAGACAAAACCUGCAGAGAAAACAGUCCAUUCAAAACUUAUCAGAGGAAGUCGGAGGUAAAUGAAGAGCAAGACUCUGGUUCUGUGUUUGUGAUGUGUGCAAAGGGUGACAUCAACAUCGUUGAGCCUGAGAGGACACGGGAACAGACAGAGAAGUCUUCACACUCUCAUUUGGAAAUACCCCCAAAAUUAAGCAUAUAUGAGCAGUACCAGCUUUGUGUGGAUCAGCUGCAUCACCUUAGAAUAAGACAACAGCAACAUAUCGAGCCAGCAGGCUUCAUAGAGGCGAAAGAGAGAAAGGCAUCAGAAGAAAUGGCAGCACCUGUUGAAGCACCGACCCUUCCUACAUCUGGGUUUGAAUGUAUCGACCAAAAGGUCGCCGCUGCGGAAACCACAAAUUCAGAUUCUACUGAUAAAAACCAGGAUAGAUCUAAAUACAAAAGAAGCAGGGCAAUGCUUACUGAACAGGGACAGACUGGAAAUUAUGACAAUUCAACUAUGAAAGAAAAACCUGCAGCCAUUUGUGCCUUAACCACCAGCAAACAUUUGGACCAUCAAAGCAACAAAAGUGGAGGAUUUCUAAAAAGAACUGCAGGAGGUGCGACGUCAACUCACAAAGUUCCCGCUGUGGAGGAGAGAGCUGCACUCACCCCUGACCCAGGAUUCUUUCCAAAGAGACUCGGAUGUGAUCCAAACAGGAAGGGUUGUCAGAGUCGUGUCAAAGGUGGUCGAGGAGCCUCGUUGAGACUCUGUGAAAAGCCACGAGUCUCCCUGUCUCCCAUAGCAAAUAAAGAAAUAUCGCAAAGACCUCGGCCCUCAGGAGUAAUCAAACACACAAAAAGACUCACACCAGAGGACAAAGUGGAAACUACUUCAGCCUGUAGUGAUACACACAAAUAUCGGCCACCUACGAGGACACGCACAGCUCUUCACGAGUGCCGCAGACCAACGACACCAGCUUCAACUGCAUGUCGAUGUGAACAAACUGACUGCAGAUUCAGUCCAGCAGGUGUCCCUGUGUGUCCCUGCUGGUUGUCUCUGCCUGAUGAGGUGUGGCUGUCCAUCCUGUCUCUGCUGCCUCACAGCGACCUGUGCACAGUGCUGCAGGUCUGCAGCCGCCUGCACACACUGGCCACUGAUCACACACUCUGGAAAGAUCUGAGGAUUGAAAACUGCGUCCUGACUGAGCGGUGGUUACUCUGUGUGAGCAGACGUCGUCCUCGCAGUCUGUGUCUGUACAGCUGCAGUGCAGCGUCUCUCACCUCCGCUGGGCUGGAGAUGUUUUUCACUCUGUGUGGAAAAACUCUAGAGGAGCUCAAAGUCACCAGUUGUACUGGUCCAUGUCUCCACGGUGACCAGAUGCUGGCACUGAUCAGUCGGUGUUGUGAUCGUGUGACCCGAGUAGAUGUGAGCUGGAGCGGAGCAACGGACACGGGAGUGAAAGCUCUGAGUGACGGACGCUCAGAGUUGCAGUUAAAAUCUGUUGUCCUGAAUGGCUGUCAUGUCUCUGAUGACCCCCUGACGAGACUCGUCAUGAGACACAAAGAAAGUCUGUGCAGAUUGGAGGUGUUCGGCUGUCAGUUCCUCACUCCAUCGUGUCUACAGGCAGUGUUUGAGGUGUGUCCUCACCUUGAGCAUCUCAACAUCGGACAGGUGCCCAAAGUCAACACACACAGUCUGACAGUAAUGACAUCACGGCUCAUAUGUCUCAUUUCACUUAAUCUCACUGGACUGCGGGCGGUUACUGACGCCACAGUGGACACUCUGCUUCAAAACUGUGUCAAACUUCAGAGAUUGACCUUGAACUCCUGCCCUGGAGUGACCGACCUGACACUGCACAGCAUAAGCAAAUACACACCUUAUAUCAGAUCCCUCGAUGUGAGCGGUUGUAAGACGGUAACAGAUGCAGGAGUUCGGUCUCUGGCUCUGGGAUGUAGAAGACUUGAGCAGCUGGAUCUCAGCUCCACUGGAACAGGAAACAGAGGGGUUACUCUGCUGGCAAAUUACUGCGGUGGACACCUCCAAACUGUCAAACUGAGUUUCUGCCAUAUCACCCGGGAGAACAUACUGAAGCUCUGCAGACGCUGCAAGAGGUUGAAGGUGCUCCAUCUCUACGGCUGUACUCGUCUCCCCACUGAGAGAGAGAUCAGAGGAGUUAACGCCGCUGUAAAAGUUUACCCACUGCCCUGACUCACACGGACACAUCUGUACACACCUGGACAAAACAUAAAAGAGUGGAAAGAAAAGAAUGAGGUGAAUAAAAUGCAUUUAAAUGUACCUGUAUGUGUGACUGUGUGUGUUGUGGAAGUGCUCCAUGAGAAGACUCGUUAACGUCUUAUCUCUGCCUCCCCUCGUUUGUAACUUAUGUAUUUUUGUGAAUGCACUCACAGCAGCAUUCAUGUCCUUUUGACUAGUAGAUUCAGAUUCAGCGUUUAAUGUCAUUGUACAAAUACUACGACAGCAAUAAAGAACAGAGUAAUGUGACUAUGUGUUCUAGUGAUAUGUAAAUUAAAAUUAGGGGCAAGUCAUUUAUACAUUUACCAUGUAAACAGUAUGAGAUUGUGCAUCAGUUACAUUAGGCUGAAUAUAAAGUGCUGGUAGUCAAACAUUAUAUACAGAAUAAACAUGAUAUCAUGUGAAUAUACACUAUAGAUCAAAUAUUUACAGUACAGAAGGCAGUUACAUUUUGAUUUACUUAUACAUUUAUUUAACUUUCCAAUCUGAAUCUCUUUUUUCAACCCAGCAAAAGAAAACACAUGAGUACAAAGUAGAAGGAAUUCAAAGCAAGUGAAAACUGAUUAUUAUCAUUUAUAAAAUAGACAAGGGACAAGAGACAUGUAAUACAAAGUCGAGCUUAGAAUGAACAAUCACAGCCUUUUUUAAUCAGUGUUUUGAACUCUUGGGGAGACAAAUCCAUUUGGCUGUAGUGCCUUCUGUGCCCUGUAGUCAUAGAAUAACCUUCAGAUUAUGAGAAAGCUGUUAUACCAAGUUCUGUGAAAAGCCUUAAAUAAACAUAAAACAUACCCAGUAUGUCUUUGUAAAUUAAAAAAUGUAUUGAUACGGCUGCCUCUAGGCUUCAUGAAGACCAAGAGAUCAGAUCAUAACGUACACAGUGAUGCGUUCAGGUCAACGUGUUGGUUAUAAAAUGGGGAAAAAGUGUGAUACGCGUCAAAGUGUAGAGGAGGCAGUGUGCAUGCAAAUAUCGUCCCCACAGUCUGUAACACUGAAGAAAGAAAGUAUGAACAACAUCAUCUGAGAUCUAGUAAGUAAAGUAACUAAAGUGAGUCAUGUGUGUCUAACGGUUUCUUUUACCAACAUUUAAAGAUAGAAAACAUUGGCAGAAAACAUGUAAAACGAAUGCCGACUGCUGUAUGAGAUACUUCUACAUGAUGAAACUGAGGAUUCACGUUUCAUUCUGUUCGUAGUUCAAACUAAAUCUUUACUUAUCGCUCCUCCUGCAGAUCCUGGCAACACUCUUAUUUCCUGGAGGGAUUCUUCCACUUUGAUACCAGUCAUGGCU